CACGUGAACACAGGCGGGCCACCGCCGCACGCUCUGGCGCUGGACUUGUGCCUGCGCCGCUCGCCGAUGGCGGUUUGCUCGUUCAACGACGACGCUGCCUCCGCCUGCGCUGCUUCACCACCGCGUCGCCCGCAAACUGCCCGCUCGGCAGCUUCUUCCUGGUUCUUCGUGUUGUUCCCGGCAAUGUUGCCUUCUAUCUGACCUCUCUGCUUCCUCCGCCGUCUCCCUGCGUAGCGCGCCCUCUCGCGUACCUUGCGCGGGUUGCUAUAUAUAGAAAGCGAAGAUGCUCUCUCCCCUCCUCCUCCUCCUCCUUGUUCUUCUCGCUGUUCCGGCCCGUUCUGCAAGUGUUCCGUUCGAGAGCUGUCUGUCGGAAACAGUCGCUCGCUCGGGCACCUACUUCGUCCCCUCGUCCGUCGACGCGCUCUACGACGAUGGCCUCGGGCAGGUCAACAUCUCCGUGGUCGGAGACAUGUACGGCUCGCUCCCGGACUACUCUACAGAUACCAACCGUCUGACAACCCUACGUACGUCCGCAUCCGUCAUGCAGUACCGCGUCGACAACACCUACACGCGCUUCUGCUCCUACGUCUCCGACGGCGACUGCCCUUUUGGACCCUCCUCCAACGCUUCGUUCUACUCGUCCUAUCUGUUGGGGAGCUCUUACUAUUUCGUAUCAGUAACCUCCGAAGUUUCCAUCAUCGACCCUUCUGUAGAUGCUGACGUCGUCGCCUGCAUCUCCGCCACAAUCACGCCCACAUUCCGCUCUUCCACUUUCGAUAUCCUUGUCUACGUCCCUGUUGGAAUCCUUGUUCUUCUUGCCGUUUCUAUCGUGGUCUCAGCCAUCUACAACCCCUGGACCGGCACAAAAGAUUUCUACUCAUGGAGCAGCAACUACGGCCAGGACCCAAACGCCCUGCGCCUUGUUACGCCUGGCUUUGGUGAUCUGCUGCAGUACAUCCAGUUCGCCUUCCUUCUGGCCUCCCUCAACCUCAGCUUCCCGGGCUUCUACCAGCCUGCCAUGUCGGCUUCCUCCUGGGCCUCAUUGCAGUUCAACACCUCUUUUGCUUCCCACCACUCGCGCGACAUCGGCAUCGACAAUAUAUACGCAGUCGAUGGCGAAUAUGGCAUGUCGAACCUCGCACAGCUUGUAGGUCUUGGUAAGGACUGGGACAUCUGGACCUGCUUCGUCGUCUGGCUUCUCGCUGUCACCGGUAUAGUCCUCCUGGUCUCGCAGUCCUUGUACGGGUUCAAGUGGCUCAUCUGCAAGUUCAAAGGCCACCACUCGGUUGAUCUGCGAUCCAAAAAUAUCCCGAGCAUAUUGGGCAUGCUUGUACGGCUCUACAUGAUUUAUUUUUCUCUACCGUUGGUCUCCUUUUCGUGUUUCCAGCUCCUCAGAGCUGCAGACUCCCCCGUCUACAUCAGCGUUCUCGCCGGCGUUUUGCUGGUGCUUUGGAUAGUUGCCGCGCUGCUACUCGUCAGAGUCAUUCGUCAGGCCAGGCCGCAGCAAGCACUAUACGAUGACCUUCCAACCCUGCUCUGCAUAGGUCCUCUAUAUAACACCUACCGCGAGCGAGGGUUCAUGUUUUGUAUCGUGCAGAUCCUGGCCACUCUGAUCCGAGGUAUCUUUGUCGGCGCUGUCCAGCCCUCGGGAACGGCGCAAAUCACAGUACUUCUCGUUGUCGAGGCUGUUUAUCUAGUCUUUCUCUCCGUCUUCCGUCCCUUCCAUCACGUUACUAAGAUGAAUAUCUACCAUGCAAUCAUCUCCGUCGCCCGAUUCAUCACAAUCGUCUUCUCCAUCUGCUUCAUCUCCUCUCUCGGCCUUAGCGAUACCGUCAAAGGAUGGGUCGCGUACGCCAUCCUUCUAAUCCACGCCCUAGUCCUCGUCUUUGUGUUCUUCCUGCACGCUGUCCAGGCCAUCGUCGAGACCAUCGCUCGCCUAGCUGGCGUCACUAGCGAUCCUUCAACUACCUUUGUUCGAGCAUUCGGUCUUCGACAGCUUGCCCGACGAAGGCAUCCACAGGAGAAGUUUGGCACGACCGGUAAUCUCGAUCUGGAAGCUACCCGCUCGUUAGCAGUAUCGCCCGACGAACAAUCGCUAGCUGUCUCGCCCAGAGAUUACAGCUUCUCGCUGCAGCCUUCAAUGAGUGGCAACAUUCUCGACAGUCUACCGAUGCCCUUGAGCGCAGGAGGCAUGGCUACUCUUUCGCCCGACUCGUCAAAGCUCGGCAAGCCCGUUUCACCUGUCAGUCCGAACGCGCUGUUUGCGUACUACCGCAUGCCGCGGCGCCCGCGCCUGCGCAGUAGCUCAGAUGGACGAAGUCCUGCCUUGACGAACGAAGAUGGUAGCAAGACACCUGUCUCGCCUGGCGAAAUACAAGCCUCGUCCAAUUCAUCACAGAUCAAGGGUGCCGAUCCGCUAGCAUGGACUAGUUCCUCGCGAGAAGCCGGCUCGUCGACGGGUGAGAGAGAAAGCUGGUAUGAUGCAGAGACGAUGGAGGACGAUGGGCUGUGGAGCGAUCAGUACUCGAUGGCGCAGCCGACUCGGAACGUGGACUAUGCUGUGCGAGAGUCUGAUGUGUAUCUAAACAUGCGCAAACAGCAGCAGCAGCAGCAGCAGCAGCAAGGUCUUGCCAAGACAUCUACCCUUGGAAAUAGUUCCUCUUCAGGAGAACCAGUUGGAAUAGCAAUCUCAGGGCUAGACACUUUCCCCCUGCACGCCGACGACGACCGCGACGACCCCGAAGCCGCCGCACAACUCGACCCGGAUCAGCCCAAGUCAGCCGUCUCGGCCAAGUCGCGAACACCGCUGUCUGCGCGCGCAAAGUACACCCGAAAACUGGGUACCGGGCCCGCGGACCCGACCGGUGUGGGAGCCGGCGUUAGAGGCUGGUUUUCGAAGCGGAUAGAAGGCGCGGCGGAGAGAUUGCAUGUGGGCAAUCGGAAUAGAGGGUUUGUUGUUGUGCGAAACGCGCCGCUUAGGACGCUCACUGCUUUUGAUGAAGAGCGGGUGGCUCCAGCUGCGGCAGUUCAAUCGAUAAGUACGGUCGAUGCAAGCGAGUUGACGGCCCCUGGUCCGAGUCGCAGUACAAGCGCACACAUUGUCGUCGAUCAGGCUGUACCGAAGAACACAUUCACGCCGAUCAUCAAGUCUCCCGUUCCUCCGGCUGUACGCCGGCAACAACAGCAGCAGCAGCAGCAACAACAGCAGCGGAAUCUGCAAAAGUCCUUCACCGAACCCCUUCCGUACGCGCCCAUCUCAGGCAUCCCCACACAGCCAUCACCAACAGUCCCCUCUCCAAGCGACACCGAAGAACAAUCCCGUUUGCUGCAUGGUCCAGACGGGGACAUCUCUAGUUCGUCGCUGGUGGGCGAGGUGCGCAGUAUGCGAGUCGGAGAUAUGAUUAGAAGCACCCGAUACGUCGCCGUGAAUGAAACCGAUGGCGAGGCUGUUGAAGGUGCGCCACAGCUUGAGAUUGAAGAGAAUUAAUGUGACUUUGCGUGUAUACCAUUUUUCUUUGCGUUUUGUUUCCUUGUGCUUGUAAUAAGUCUCCGUUGUGGCUGAUGGGUGGUUCUCGGUGAUCAAAAUUAAUGAGGAGAUUGCUCGGCUGUUGUGUUUUUUCGUUUAUUUAUGUGUCUGUGUUCGAGUACGGUUGUUCAUGGCACUUGUUGUUUUUUAGUCAUUUGUGCAGGCGUUUGGAAAAUAAUCACGACUUUCAGCUAUCAGUAAUUUGCAGCCUUCUAUACAUACAAACUGUGCAAUGCUCUCUAUAUGACCGAAGCUAUAUUACAAGACAUGAUCAAACAGGUUAUAUUAU